AUGCUUAGUUUGAAAAUAAAAAUGAAAUUCAACUCUGAAAAUUAAAAAUUUGGAGGAAGCAAAGACAGAGUAAAUAAUGUAAAUUUUUUCAGGGAAUUUCAGCAUAAGUAUUUGUCCUCAAAAAUUUAAUAAUUAUAUUAUUUUUUAAAUUAAAAUAUCAUGGGAAGAAGAUAUAGACUAACAACCCGAGUAGGGGACCUAUUAUGUAAACCAGUACAUCACUUGCUAAUAAUAACCCUCCCCGAGAAAGGAGGGCUCUUUGUGAGGACUAUAUGUGGGCUAUUUUUCGAAAAGGACAAUUAAGAUAAAUUCCUCCUUAUCCAUUUCUUAGACAAACUUAGGAGAGGCAAUCCUAAUAAAGAUAAAGAAGCCAUGAUUAAGAGAAUGACAGAGAUGAACGGACAGAAUAAAUAUGGACCGAGAGAUUAUUUAGAAGAACAUAUGAAAACCUUCGGAAUCAACAUGGAAGAAGAUAUGAAGUGGCUAAAUUUAAGAUACUGGGAACUCCCUUGAUUAUAGACCCCAAGGAUUGA